AUGUCUAGCAGCUUGGAGCAUGCGCUCACCGCUGCGGGGCCACCCGGUACUUUCACCAUCUCCGCUGACGAGGAAGACUACGGAAGAUACAACUGGGCAUGUAUGCCUCACGUGCGCAGGGAAGAGUACGUCCGGCUACCCGAGGAGUAUGAGCUCCGCUACGUCGAGGUCAUACAAAGGCACCACAAGCGUACGCCUUAUGCAUCGAAUACCCUUUAUGAGGAGGACAUCGAAUGGGACUGCCCAAAAGAGGGACCUUUCCACCAUGGCAAAUCUCAGACUCGUGGUACCACCUCCAUCUACUGGCAGACACAGCGCAAUACAAAUAAUCCCAUCGAAAGGACGGUCGGAACUGGCUUUAGAGGCUCCAGCUGCACCUUCCCCACUCUGACAUCGCAAGGAAUCGAAGACGCCCGACGGCAUGGUGAAGACUUUGGAGGCGUCUACCGAGAUAUGCUACACUUUCUACCCACUGAUCGGAGCAAGUACGAGUGGCGAGUUACCAACAAUGUCUUGACUACCCAGACCCUAGGCGGAUUUGCAGCUGGCCUAUACCCGACUGUCUCGCAGUAUCCUGCCAAGGUGCAGCCCGCUUCGUUCGACUCGCUCGAACCUGCCUACGCUUGUCCUCUCGCCGACCGACUGCUUGCCGAGAUUGAAAGUGACGCCGAGUGGACCGCACACUUGGUCCAGUCUCAGCCCCUCCGAGAUCGUUUCAACUCGGUGACCGGCACAAACCCCGACGCUCUGGGCUGGAAGAGAAGCUGGGAUCAUCCAUUCGACAAUCUCGCCUCCAAGCAAAGUCAUGGUUUGCCAUUGCCGUGCUCCCUCGAUGACCGCGCUUUUUGCAUCGACCAGACACACGCGGAUAGAAUCUACCGCUUGGGGAACUGGGAAAGUCUCCACAGGUACCGAGGCUCGCCACAGUCGCUUCUCCUCAGUGUCCUGAAAAUGGGCGAUUGGAUCACAGAGCUCAGGCACAAUCUGGAGGCGGCAGUUAGAGGCGAGCCAAUGCUUUACCGACACAACUUUGCGCAUGAUGGAUCGAUAGCUGCCCUACUCGGCAUUCUUCAAAUUGACCGGCCCGAGUGGCCAGGGAUGGGAGCAGAGGCGGUCUUUGAGCUAUAUUGGCGGAAAGAGGAAUGGUUCAUCCGCGUCCUAUACUCCGGUCAAACUUUGGAGACAUCGACGCCCUUGGGGACAUUGAAUAUGGUCAAGUUGAGCGUUUUUAUAGCAUAUCUCGACCAGGUGAUCCCAGAUCUAGUCGAGCAAUGUACAUCAUUCCACUAG